AUGGGGUAUACGUCAUUCGACAAUGAUGCUGAUAGGUUAACUCAUCGACCCGAAAGAGUACAUCAUGUGCAUCAAUGGCAAAGCUUAGUCUAUUAUUGGGGCACUCGAAAGGCACAGGAAACUAAUAAGAAGAAUGAAGUUCCUGCAACUCGCUUAGAAGUGUGGAUGGCUGGGUACUCAAAGGAUAACAAACCAAGUACUAAUAAAGUUGUUGAGGUCAUGACACAAAUGAAAGAGUUUGGGGCGCAAUCCAAUGCUACAGAUGAAGAAAUUAUCACACAGGUUCUAAGGCCUGAGCGACCUAGUCGUGUUCGAACAUACGGAUUGGGUCUUUCUUCGAUAGAUGUCUUUGGAGGCGGAUAUAGGCAAUCACAAGAACAAACUUAUAUGAUCCAAAUGCAAGUCCAAGAGCAACUUAACCAAUAUAAUGCACAAAUGGAGAUGCAAAUGAAGGAGAUGAUGAAUGCUAUGCUUAAUCAACAAAAAGUACAAAUGGAGAUGCAAAACACAAUCCAAGCUCAACAAGCACGAAUAGAGCAAUUAGAGUCCCAACAAGCCAUGGGUGGGCAUGUUGCACCAACUACUACACAUGUGCAUUCACAACAACAAUCCCAUUCAUACACCUCAUCGUUUAAUUGUCAUCGUUCGUCCGAGGAAGUUCACAUAUCAAAGAAAGAAAAGAAGAAGAAGAAGAAAAAGAAGUAG